AUGAGUGAUAAUGUCAUUGGACAGAAUGAAGAAUUCAUGAAAGCAUAUUACAAGCUUUACCACAUAAGUCCAAGCGAUUCUCUUGAAGAAAUUCUUGAAAUGAUCAACACAGUUUUAGUUAAAAAUUUCAAAGUACCAUUUAGUCAGAUCAUUGUUAGCAUAAUUCAUGCAAUCAAAUACAACUAUCGAUCUAUCAAUCUAUACAUCAAAAUUUUCAACCAAUUUUGCAUGAUGCAUUCAAUCGAGAAAUCAUUAAUUGACCUUCUUUUUCCUGAUAUAUGGAACUCUGAUAAAUUAAUACUUGAUGAUAAUGCUACUAAAAUUAUUUGUUGUUGCACUCUAUUUCCAUUAGAAGAAUCAUUACAUUAUUAUACUAUGUUCGAUCAACUCGAAAAAAUUAUAUAUUAUUCAAUAUCUCAUGAUUUGAAUGAUAUAAAUAAAUUAUUUUUAACUCCACACUUUGGAAUCAGUAGAAUUUUGGAUUUGAGUGCAUUUUAUGGUUCUUCAAAUAUAUUCUUUUAUCUUCUCAGUAAUUUUAAACAUGAAAUAACUCAAAAUACACCUCAAUAUUCAUUCAUCGGAAAUAACACUGACAUCAUUAAAGAAUGUCUGAAACACAAAGAUCCAGACAAUGUUUGCCUUGAAUAUGCAAUUGAAUCACAUAACAAUGACUUCAUUGAAGACCUUAUACGGUACGAGUCAAUUGAUCUUAGCACGUUUGAUUUUACAAAUGUAAUUGUUUCACAAAAUUUGAAAUUUAUUCAAAUUCUAGCUAACAAAGAUGUCAAUUCGAUUAUCCCAUGGUGUGCUUCUAUUCCUCAGUCAAUUGAUAUUUUGAAAUCCAAAGACAAUGAAAUCGAUUACAAUAAGCAAUAUCGAGAUGGCCGAAAUCUUCUUCAUUUUGCUGCUCAAUCAAAUUGCAUUGAUAUCCUAGAGUUUUUAUCAUCGAAACGAGACUUUUUCAUGGGAAAAAUCAAUGCGAAAGACAACAAUUUGUUAACUCCUCUCCAUUAUGCAUUAAAUAAUUACUUCGAAGAAUCAUCGGAAUUUCUUAUUUCUGAAGGUGCUGAUAUCAAUGCAAAAGAUGGAAAUGGAAAGUCUAUUCUAUAUUUUGCAUUAGAAAGAAGAAUGAAUAAGAUCGCAUACAUACUUAUAUCGAUUGGGGCUGAUAUAAAUUCAAAAAGCAAUGACGAAAAAUCUUUAAUUCAUAUUGCUGCAAAAUACAAUAAUCAAGAAGUAUUAGAAUUUCUUAUUAAACAUUAUACCGAUAUCAAUACGAUGUAUAAAGAUGGUAUCACUGCUCUUCAUGUAGCUGCAGAACAUAAUAGUAUAGAAAGUGCAGAGAUCCUUAUUAAAUCUGGCGCAGAAAUCAAUGCAAAAGAUAAAUAUGGUUUCACUGCUCUGCAUGUUGCCGCAGAGCAUAAUAGUAAAGAAACUGCAGAAAUUCUUAUUAAAUUUGGUGCAGAUAUCAAUGUUACAAAUAAAAAUAAAGAAACAGCUCUUCAUAUUGCUGCAGAAUAUAAUAGUAAAGAUACAGCAGAACUCCUUAUCAAGUCAGGAGUAGAUAUCAAUGCAAAAGAAGAAUAUGGAAGAAAUGCUAUUUGUUAUGCCGCAAAUAAUAGUAGUACAGAAACAGCAGAGCUCCUUAUUAAAUCUGGUGCGGAUAUCAAUUCAAAAACUCAAGAAGGGUAUUCUGCUAUUCAUUUUUCAGCAAGACGACAUAGUAUAGAAAUGGUCGAACUCCUUAUUAAAUAUGGGGCAGACAUCAAUGCAAAAAAUAUAUAUGAAGAGACUGUUCUUCAUGAAGCUGCUAAAUGCGAUAGUGUAGAAACAGGAGAAUUUUUUAUUAAAAAAGGGGUAAAUGUUAGGACAUAUUCGAAGAGUGGAAUGUCUCCUCUCCUCUAUGCUUCAAUGCGUGGUUUUAAAGAUUUUGUAAGUUUACUUUUAAAAUAUGGUGAAGAUAUAAACUCGAAGGAUCCUAAAGGACGAACAGUUCUCCAUCAUGCAGUAUUAUAUGAUGAUGAUGAUUCAAUGGCAAAAUUAGCUAUUUCAUAUGGUGCAGAUGUAAAUGCAAGAGAUAAUAAUGGUAAAACUCCUCUUCAAUAUUGCAAAAUGUUGAAACAUCAUGCAUUAGUUAAAACAUUAAUUUCACAUGGAGCAUAUUCCAGAAUAAAUGGCAAUGGUCGGAAUAACUGUCAAGAUCAUGCGCUAGAAUUGAAUUAA